AUGGCUGAAUCUUUUUUUUCUGACUUUGGCUUGCUGUGGUACCUGGAGGAGCUCAGAAAGGAAGAGUUUUGGAAAUUUAAGGAACUCCUCCGGCAAGAACCUCAGAAAUUUGAACUCAAGCCAAUCCCCUGGAGUGAGCUAAAGAAGGCUUCAAGAGAAGAUCUGGCUAAGCUGUUGGGCAAGAUUUAUCCAGAAAAACAGGCAUGGGAGGUGACCUUGAGCCUAUUUCUACAGAUCAAUCGGAGAGAUCUCUGGACAAAGGCUCAGGAAGAGAUGAGAGAUAAGUUGAACCCAUAUCGAAAGCACAUGAGGGAAAAAUUUAGUCUCAUAUGGGAGAAGGAAACCUGUCUUCAAGUCCCUGAGCAUUUCUACAGAGAAACCAUCAAGAAUGAAUAUAAAGAACUGAAUGAUGCUUACACUGCCAAGGAGGCCACCCCACUCACUGUGGUUUUGGAAGGUCCUGAAGGGAUUGGAAAAACAACACUCUUAAGAAAAGUGAUGCUAGAAUGGGCAGAGGGAAACAUCUGGAAGGACAGGUUCUCCUUUGUUUUCUUCCUCAAUGUCUAUGAAACAAACCGUAUCACAGAGACGAGCUUAGUGGAGCUCCUCUCCAGGGACUGGCCUGAGACUUCAGAGACCAUGGAUGACAUUCUUUCCCAGCAAGAGGGAAUCUUGUUCAUUGUGGAUGGCUUUGAGGAACUGAAUUUUGACUUGGAACUUAGGACUAACUUGUGCAAUGACUGGAGGCAGAAGCAGUCAACCCAAAUUAUCCUGAGCAGUUUGCUGCAGAGAAAGAUGCUUCCGGACUCCUCUCUACUUAUUGCACUUGGAAAAAUGACUAUCCAAAAAAACUUUCUCUUGUUGCAGCAUCCAAAACUUAUAAGACUUUUGGGAUUCUCUGAACACGAACGAAAGAUGUAUUUCUUCCACUUCUUCCAUGAGAGGAAUAGAGCCUGGAAAGUCUUUAAUUUUGUGAAAGAUAUUUCAUAUCUCUUUUUCAUGUGCCAAAGUCCUUUUGUGUGCUGGUUGGUUUGUACUUGUAUGAAAUGCCAACUAGACAGGGGAGAAGACAUUGAAAUUGAUGCCCAAACCACCAGCUCUUUGUAUGUAUCCUUUUUAACAAAUGUAUUCAAAGCAGGAAAUGAGAAGUAUCCCAAUAAACUCAACAGAGUUCACAUAAAAAACCUGUGUGCUCUGGCUGCAGAGGGACUAUGGACUCAGACAUUUGUAUUUAGUCACGGGGAUCUCCAGAGGAAUGGAAUAUCUGAAUCUGAUGUCUUGAUGUGGUUGGGCAUAAGCCUUCUCCAAAGGAAUGGUGACCGUUUUUCCUUUGUCCACGUGUGUAUCCAAGUGUUUUGUGCUGCCAUGUUUUAUUUGUUCAGACGACCCAAAGACACUCCUAACCCGGCCAUUGGAAGUUUAACACAGCUUGUGACAGCAAGUAUGGCCCAAGUCCAAACCCAUUUGAUCCAGAUGGGGAUAUUUGUGUUUGGAAUUUCAACGGGAAAAAUCAUCCACACCCUGGAAGCAUCCCUUGGCUUUCUAUUGUCAAAAGACAUAAAGCAGGAAAUAACUCAGUGCCUUAAAAAUUUAAGUCAGUGUGAACUUGACGAGGAAGCAAUCAAUUUCCAGGAACUGUUCAAUGGUUUAUUUGAAACCCAGGAGAAAGAAUUUGUAGCACAAGUGAUGGGUUUCUUUGAAGAAGUUUUCGUUUAUAUCGGCACCAUGCAUCACUUGGUAACAUCUACAUUCUGCAUGAAGCACUGUCAAAAUUUGAAGAAACUUCGCCUGUGUAUAGAGAGAAGCUUUUCAGAUGACUUCGGAUGUAUCUCAGAUCGCAGUGAGAAGCUCAGAUACUGGCGGGAACUUUGCUCAGUGUUCAGAACCAACAAGAACCUCGAGAUGUUAGAUGUGGAAAACAGUCACUUCGAUGAUGCCUCCCUGGUGAUUCUUUGUAAAGCACUGGCUCAGCCCAUUUGUAAACUCCAAAAACUCAUGUUUAUUUUUAUGUCUGAGUUUGACAGUUCAGACUUGUUUAAGGUGGUUCUUCACAGCCCUCACCUAAAAUAUCUGAGCCUGUACGGCACCACGCUGUCCUACAUGAAUGUCAGGUCCCUGUGUGAGACCCUGAAGCAUCCCAUGUGCAUCGUGGAGGAACUGAUAUUGGGGAAGUGUGACAUCACAAGCAAAACUUGUGAAGAGAUUGCUUCUGUUCUCAUUGGCAACAACAAGCUGAAAUGUCUGUCCUUGGUAGAAAAUUCCGUGAAGAAUGAAGGAGUGAUGGCGCUGUGUGAGGUCCUGAAACACCCAAGCUGUGCCCUGGAGACACUGAUGUUGACGCACUGCUGUCUCACCUACAUCUCCUGUGGAUACAUCUCUCAAGCCCUUAUAUGCAACAAAUCCCUGCUCUUCCUUGACCUGGGGUCCAAUGUCCUGAAGGAUGAUGGAGUGAUAUCUCUGUGUAAAGCAUUGAAUAACCCAGACUGCAACAUACGGGACCUGUGGUUGAUGGGUUGUUACCUUACUCCUGUUUCCUGUAAGGAUAUUUCUGAUGUUCUUAUCUGCAAUAAAAAACUACAGACCCUGAAACUUGGGAGCAAUGAAAUACAAGAUGCUGGUGUCAAACAGUUAUGCAAAGCUUUGAGGCAUCCUGACUGCAAAUUGCAGAGUCUUGGAUUGUCACUGUGUGAGCUCACCAGUGCCUGUUGUGAAGACCUCGCCCUGGCGCUCACUGUCUGCAAAACCCUGAGGUGCCUGAACCUCAGUGGGAUAUCCUUGGACCCUGAUGGGGCGUUGGUGCUGUGUGAGGCUUUGAGACACCCAGACUGCACUCUGAAGCUGCUGGGGCUGGACAAAUCUAUAUAUAAUGAGGAGACUCAAAAGAUGCUGACAGCUGUGGAAGAAAAACUUCCCCACCUAACCCUCUCCUGUCAGCCUUGGAUUGAAGAGGAGUGCAGGAUCAGGGGUGUGCACUUCUGA